AUGCGUUCGAGUCAUCUUUUGUCCUACAGCCUACUCUCAUCUCUAGCCUUAAGCUCACCGGUUGUGAGCCACGAGGCAGAGAAGAGAUAUGCCAUCCUGGACAAUGACUGGGGUGCCGUGGGUUUUCUCCCUUUCCUGAUGACAGCGAAGAGCGAUAUUCAUGUACUAGCAUUGGUUUCAGAUACUGCCAACUCAUGGCAGGCUCAGUGUGCUAUGCAUGCCCUUGCCAAUUUGGAACUAGCCAAUUUGACCUGCAUCCCAGUCUAUGCUGGUGCAACCUGGCCGCUGAUCAACACCCCAGAGCGGUUCCAAGCAUGGGAAGCCGUUCACGGCAGGUUACCCUGGGAAGGCGCUUUUAAGCCGGAAAAUCAGACGGCCGAGGAGAACGGCCAUGACCCUACCUCCGGAGAUCCCAAUAGAAUUGUCAAGUCUGCGUUCGUUGAAGGUUUCCCCAAAACCAGGGUUAACAACUCUACCAAUGCCGUCAACUUUAUGGUGGAAAUGGUUCAUAAAUACCCCAAUCAGGUCUCUAUCUACUCUGCCGGAGCUUUGACCAAUGUAGCUUUGGCUGUGCGGAGCGAUCCCUCCUUUGCUUCGCUGGCGAAAGAGCUCGUCAUUAUGGGAGGUUAUUUGGAUGUGAAUAUGCUUCAGGUCACUGGUGAUUCCCAGCAGGCCAAUAUCAACUUCGAUAUCAAUUUAAUGAUUGAUCCCGAGGCGGCCAAAAUCGCACUUACUGCUGAUUUCCCGGACAUCAUUGUAGCCGGAAAUGUUGCCAAUCAAGUGCAGUCGACGCAGGAGUUUCUUGAUGAGGUAUACGAGGUUCAAAACCCGCUCACUGAGCUCUUCCACGAUCACUAUGGUACCGAAUUCCCCUUCUGGGAUGAAACUGCAGCUGCGUUGAUGGUGAACCGUUCUAUCGCGCUUAACACCACAUCUGCAUAUAUCGAUGUCGAUGUUGCUUAUGGAAGCCCUAGCUAUGGAAACAUCCACGUCUACCAGGCUGAGCACAUGCCAAAGGGUCUUCGCAACGUGACUUAUGUGAAUGAGAUUGAUGCCACGGAACUUAAACGCUUGAUGAAAGAGGCUAUGCAGGAUCCUCCCAAGUGUCGUUGA